GUUGACUCUUCCACUUCUCAUUGCUCCAAAUCGUCGUCUUCGUCUUCAUCCUGAUGAGCUUCUACAGGUAUCGGAGUCGCAUUCCUGGAAACCUGCCUCCUUCAUAGGCAGUCAUGUCAGACCCAGGAGGAUCCGAUACGAUACGCAUACUCGUGUCCACUGACAAUCAUGUCGGCUACAAUGAGCGCGACCCUGUUCGUGGCAACGAUAGCUGGAAGACCUUCGACGAAAUCAUGCAACUAGCCAAGACUCGGGAUGUCGACAUGGUUCUCUUGGCCGGUGAUCUGUUCCAUGAGAACAGGCCCUCGCGGCAGGCCAUGUACCAGGUCAUGCGGAGUCUGCGCGAGAACUGUUAUGGCGACAAGCCAUGCGAGCUGCAAAUGCUGAGUGACAGCAGUGAACACUUUGCUGGUGCCUUCAACCAUGUCAACUAUGCCGAUGAGAAUAUCAAUGUAGCGAUACCUGUCUUCUCCAUACAUGGCAACCACGAUGAUCCGUCAGGCGAAGGUCACCUUGCAGCGCUCGAUAUCCUCUCCGCAGCGGGACUCAUCAACUACUAUGGCCGUACGCCAGAAUCAGACAACAUUCAGAUCAAACCGCUUUUGCUGCAGAAAGGUCGGACCAAACUCGCGCUUUACGGUAUGAGCAACGUCCGUGAUGAGCGUCUAUUCCGAACUUUCCGCGAUGGCCACGUCAAGUUUUUCCAGCCCAGUGUACAGACUGGCGAUUGGUUUAACAUCAUGAGCGUACAUCAGAACCACCAUGCUUACACGGAGACGUCUUUUCUGCCCGAGCGCUUCUUACCCAAUUUCAUGGACCUUAUCAUUUGGGGCCACGAACACGAGUGCAAGAUUGACCCCGAGGAAAAUGCGGAAAUGGGAUUCAAAGUCAUGCAACCUGGAUCUUCUGUGGCGACCUCACUUGUCAAGGGAGAGGCCGUUCCGAAGCACGUCGCCAUUGUGAGCGUUACCGGCAUCCAAUAUGAAGUGGAGACGAUUCGUCUGAAGACUGUUCGACCUUUCAUUGUAAAGGAAAUUGCUCUGCGAGAUUACAGAGAAGCACGCGACAUUGCCAUGGCGGACGACGAGGAUAACCGUGGCCAGAUCUCGAAGUUUCUAUCCAAGAUUGUUCAUGAGCUCAUCGACGAAGCCAAGCAGGAGUGGUAUGACAUCCAAGGGGAGGAUGAGAUGGAUGAAGAUGAGGAGCCGCCGCUGCCCAUCAUACGUCUGCGUGUCGAAACCACGCCGCCGGAGGGUGGCAAAUACAAUUUCGACAAUCCGCAACGUUUCUCGGGUCGCUUUGCGGGACUAGUAGCCAACAGUACUGAUGUCGUGCAAUAUCACCGUAAACGCACAGGAGUCAGCAGGAAGAAGAUGGAUGCCGAAAUGCCGGACGAAGAGCUGUUGAAGACAAUCACUAUUGACACGGCUGGGGUGGGCAAGCUGGUCAAGGAGUUCCUCACAGCACAGUCUCUCACGAUCUUGCCGCAAAACAGCUUCAGCGAUGCCGUAUCUCAGUAUGUCGACAAGGACGACAAGCACGCCAUGCAAGAGUUUAUCGAGGAAAGCCUGAAGCUACAACAAGGCAACCUCAUUGCAGGCCAAGAAGACGUAGCGGACGGCAAGAUCCUAGACGACGAGACAUUGUACGAGCAGAUCGAACGAAAUCGUAAGACUCUUGACGACGCAUUCGAUAGGGGCGAGCGUAAAAAGAAGAGUCGGAAGGAAUCUCGUAAGCCACGUCCAGACGACUGGGACAGCGAUGAGCAGGGCCAGUCGUGGGAGGACUCGUGGAUGUCGAUGAUCUUCGACGCAGACGAAAAUGGCGAUGCCAGUGGGGAUAACGACGAUGACGACGCUGCAAGUGUCGCAUCGAUGACCCGGCCAUCAAGAGGCAGGGGUAGUCGUGGUGGACGAGGGGGCAGAGCAGCAGCUGGUACAACCCGCAAGGCCGCUACUGCAUCCAAAAAGGCACCCGCCAAAGCACCCGCAAAAGCAGCCACCACUCGGGGCAAGAAGAAGCCAUCCUCAGAGGACGAAGAACAAGAUGCGAUUAUGAUUGACGACGAUGAUGAGGAGGAAGACGAUUUUCAGGAGAGCUCAAACUCUCUCUUCGUGAAAGAUCACGCCUCCAAACGAUCGUCGGCAGUGAAUCAGUCUUCGGGGAGUCCACUCAAGAAGCCAGCUGCUCGUGCACCUGCUCGCGGCAGAGGAAGAGGUGGCGUCGCAGCUGGCCGCUCCGGUGCGACCCAGCAGACCUUGAGUUUCGGCACGCAGCCAAGCAGCAUCAGUGGAAGAAAUGGCACAACAAGAGUAUCAGCGUCGAAGCGUCGAGUUGAACCCAGCGAUGACGAGAUCAGCGACGAUGACGACGCCUUCGAGCCGCCGCCAGCUGCGCAACGAGGCCCAAGAAGUGGUCGUUGACGAGUGAGCAGUCUGAGCUGGAUUCCGCGACCAAGAGAACCUGUCUUGCCGUGAUUAGCGCAGCAUGCACGACCUGAUGCUGACAUGUUAGGAAUCAAGGUCGGUUCAAAAAUUAAUCAUUCUCGCUACGGGCAAUAUGGAAUCCGAGUAUCUAUGCCUAGAGAUGAGGCUACAACUCACGAGCGUGGCGCUACUUAGUUAGGCCUGUUACUUCGAUACUAUCCUCGAAGAGAUAUGCUUAAAUAAGUCUGAGAGCUCGCGGUUGCGUUAAGCUAUACUUAGUGCAUCUGCCUCAUCUCUGCAUAGGCGUCGGAGCACAGCUCAGUUCGGUAGCCUGCAUCUGCUGGCAAAAGGCGCGUUUUGUCUGAGAAUGCAGCUGAGAAUGCAAGCCUGGGGCCAUACGAUCCAAGAGGCGAUGACAAAAGCUAGAUGCCCCGCAGAACUGAAGGGAAGAUGAGGGAGAGCGUGAUACUUCAGUCGGGAGCAGGACUUGACCGACUGUAGUGGCCUCUCCAGCGUCCAGCGUGACUGGGGGCAAAGAAG